ACACGAGGCAGAUGAAUGUGCUGCCAUGAUGACCUGUGCGUGUCUUGUUAAUCAUGAGGGCUGUGAACAGGCUGCUGUAUGUGGGCAGGGCUCUCUGUCUCCUGCUGUUCUCCUCACACUCAGCUGAAAGUGGUGCUGAUGCUGGAGUCUCCGCAUCACCUGCAGUGAGCAUCACUGGAGUCCCGGAGCAGCUCUGACAACCGCUGCCUGUAUGUCCACUAAAGCGACAGGAUCCAGAUAUAAUAAAGGAGUGUCGUUCUCUGAAGAUGAAGACGAACAGUGCUGGAAAGAGGAGAACGGCGGUGUGGACUCACAUCACAUGAGAUCCGUCCGGACAGUGCGAGACUCGUCGGGAUAUUACCGACACAACACGAAAGAUACAUUUCCCCAUCGCAGGAUGACCCUGCAGCGAGAGAAAGGUCGUCGUCAGGCGGUGCGCGGCCCGGCGUUCAUGUUCAACGCCCGCGGCAGCAGUCUGACAGCAGAGGAGGAGCGCUUCCUGGACGCGGCGGAGUACGGCAACAUCCCGGUGGUCCGCAAGAUGCUGGAUGAGUCCACCACGCUUAACGUCAACUGUGUCGAUUACAUGGGUCAGACCGGACUGCAGCUGGCAGUUGGCAACGAGCACCUGGAGGUCACCGAGCUGCUCCUGCGGGGAGACAACCUGGCCCGCGUCGGGGAUGCGCUCUUGCUGGCCAUCUCCAAAGGUUAUGUGCGCAUCGUGGAGGCCCUGCUGAGCCACCCGUCCUUCGCUGGCAUGGAACGACUGACACAGAGCCCAUGCGAGCUGCAAGAUGACGCCUUCUAUUCUUACGACGAGGACGGCACGCGCUUCUCGCCCGACAUUACGCCCAUCAUCUUGGCCGCCCACUGUCAGAAGUACGAGGUGGUGCAUAUGCUCCUAAUGAAGGGAGCUCGGAUAGAACAGCCGCAUGACUACUUCUGCAAAUGCGCCGACUGCAUGGAGAAGCAAAGGAAAGACUCGUUCAGCCACUCGCGCUCCCGGAUCAACGCAUACCGUGGAUUGGCGAGUCCGGCGUACCUCUCCCUCUCUAGCGAAGACCCCGUACUGACCGCACUGGAAUUGAGCAAUGAACUCUCCAAGCUGGCCAACAUCGAGAAGGAGUUUAAGGAUAAAAAGAACCGUAAUAAAGAGACAUCGCAGCUCUUCUGUCUGAAUGACUACAGAAGGUUGUCUAUGCAGUGUAAAGAUUUUGUGGUUGGUGUUCUGGACCUGUGCAGAGACACUGAGGAGGUGGAGGCCAUCCUGAAUGGAGAUAUCUCAGCGGAGCUGGAGGAAGGUCAACAUCAUCGCUCACUGCUCAGCAGAGUCAAGCUGGCCAUUAAAUAUGAGGUUAAGAAGUUUGUAGCUCAUCCGAACUGUCAGCAGCAGUUAUUGACCAUCUGGUAUGAGAAUCUGUCUGGUCUUCGGGAGCAGAGCAUCGCAGUGAAGUGUCUGGUGGUGCUGGCCGUGGCUCUGGGGCUUCCGCUGUUCGCUGUGGGCUAUUGGUUGGCCCCGUGCAGUAGGCUUGGUAAAAUCCUGCGGAGUCCGUUUGUGAAGUUUGUGGCUCACGCUGCAUCUUUCAUCUUCUUUCUGUGUCUGCUGGUGUUCAACGCAUCUGACCGCUUCGAAGGCAUCACCACCCUUCCAAACGUGACAGUGACGGAUCAUCCGCUUCAGAUCUUCAGAGUCAAAACCACUCAGUUUUCAUGGACAGAAAUCCUCAUCAUGAUCUGGGUGGCAGGAAUGAUGUGGUCGGAGUGUAAGGAACUCUGGACGGAAGGUCCGAAGGAAUACAUCACGCAGCUCUGGAACGUUCUGGAUUUUGGCAUGCUGUCGAUCUUCAUCGCUGCGUUCACCGCCCGGUUCUUUGCCUUCCUGCAGGCCAUGAAAGCUCAGGCGUAUGUGGACGAGAAUGUCCACGCCGCAGACCUCUCGCUGGUCACGCUUCCUCCGGACAUCAGAUAUUUCACAUACGCGAGAGACAAGUGGCUUCCGUCAGAUCCUCAGCUGAUAUCAGAGGGUCUGUACGCCAUCGCAGUGGUCCUGAGCUUCUCCCGCAUCGCUUACAUCCUCCCGGCAAACGAGAGCUUCGGUCCGCUCCAGAUCUCUCUCGGACGAACAGUGAAGGACAUCUUUAAGUUCAUGGUUCUCUUCAUCAUGGUCUUCCUGGCAUUCAUGAUCGGCAUGUUCAUCCUGUACUCUUACUAUCUGGGGGCAAAGGUUAACCCCGCAUUCACCACGGUUGAGGAGAGUUUUAAGACUCUGUUCUGGUCUAUAUUCGGGCUGUCUGAAGUGUCCUCUGUGGUUCUGAAAUACGAUCAUAAAUUUAUUGAGAACAUUGGCUAUGUGCUGUACGGGAUUUAUAACGUCACCAUGGUGGUGGUUCUGCUCAACAUGUUGAUCGCCAUGAUAAACAGCUCCUACCAGGAGAUCGAGGACGAUGCAGAUGUGGAGUGGAAGUUUGCUCGGUCCAAACUCUGGCUCUCAUACUUUGACGACGGCAAAACUCUCCCUCCUCCGUUCAGCAUCGUUCCCACCCCCAAGUCUUUCUAUCAGUGUAUCAGAAGACUGAUCAACCUGCUCCGGUGUCGCAGUCGCCGCCUGAAGAAAAACGUGGAGCUGGGAAUGGACAACUCCAAGUCCAGACUCAAUCUCUUCACUCAUUCCAGUCUGAAGAUCCCAGAGUCUCACAGCUUUAACAGCAUCUUAAAUCAACCUACACGCUAUCAGCAAAUCAUGAAGCGUCUCAUCAAGCGUUACGUUCUGAAAGCUCAAGUGGACAAAGAGAAUGAUGAAGUGAAUGAAGGUGAACUGAAGGAGAUAAAGCAAGAUAUCUCCAGUCUGCGAUACGAACUCUUGGAGGAGAAAUCACAGGCUACAGAGGAGCUUUCUCUUCUCAUCCAGAAACUCAGUGAAAAGCUCAACCCUCACCCUGUCCACUCAUACUGACCCCACAUCAAUCCUUCAUGAAACACUUCAAGACCAAUAUAAGCCAUUGCUGAAGAGUGUUUACACUGUGCAUCUUCAUCUUCUGUCUCCAUUAAUGACAGUGUGAGAUGAGAUGAGGGGUGGAAGAUGAGGUAAAUGAGAGCGGACCAGCAGGUGCACUGAAGAUUUCAUCUUUAAGAUUAUCGUUAAGUUUCUGAAAAUUCUUGCACUUACUCGAUCAGACAGCUGUUUACUGGCUCUGUUCACAUCCCUGGUCCUGUAUGUCUUAGUCACCAUGUCAUAAAUCUGCAAAAAGCUGCCAAUUUUUGAACACCACAUUCUUCCGUCUCACUCGUUUCUCGCUCGUUUUAUUUUUUUGCACAAUUUAGUAAUGCUCCAAGUGAUUUCUGACCAAUAACAUCCAGGUGAACUAGUUUGGACAAAAUGUACGGCAACACAUAGGAUUCCAGAUACUUUAUAUCAAAUUAAAUCUAAUUUUAAGGACAUCUAGACACACCAUCAAAUAUUUCGUAUUAUACUGAUAAAUCUAACUUAUAAAGAUUAAAUGUAUUUAUUUGUCGUGAUAUUUAUUUUAUUACAUUUUUUCAGGCAUUUCAAACAACUGUGUUCAAGAACUCGAUAUACUACAUGAUUUAUAUGUAGGGAUGUAACGAUUCAUUCAGCUCACGGUGAGAUUUAAUCAUGAUUUUUAUAGAAUUAGUUGAGGAAGAUUUAAAACGAACAAAUGCCCUUUUAUUAUUUCUCUAAUGCUGCACAAUUCUUUGUAAAAUAAAAAUAUAUUUUAUGUCAAAUAACAAAACUAAAUUGCAGUUUUAAAACAAAUUCCAAAUAAAAUAAAAAUGAUUGAUUCAAAAUUCUCUUUAAUUUAAACAAACUAAGACUUUGUCUGUGCUUUUCCUAAACUAAAAUAUCAGCAUAUCCACCUUUACCAAUUUUGCAGGAAAACAGCGGCCCCUGCUGUUCAAAACAUGUACUGCGAUUUUAUAAAGUCUCAACCGACUUUAGUCACAUUUAAUCGAUGUUUAACCAGCUCACGGUCAAUCGUUACAUCCCUAUUUAUAUGUAAUAUGAAUAGUCAGAUAUUUCAGUUAGUACAGUGUACAGUAUUUCUCAAAAACGUUAGACAGGGAUAGUCAUACUGGACAAAUGCUGUGCUGUUUAUAUACACUUUGCAAUCUAUUGCAGUUGUAGAUAGGAUCACAAACUUUAAUAAUGAAUAAAAACAUCUAAGAACUUCUAGCACAAAUCUAUGGAGGGUAAAUGUCACUAAAGAUGUCACUGUUGUCAUAGUUUAAAGAUGGAAAACGGCCUGUGUUUGUGUUUGUGAGACUCAUAUUGUGGUCAGUAGAUGGCGCUGUUUCAUUCCUCCAGGUGCAAUAGCGCACGCUUACUUCAAGAUUAUAUUGAUGAAUAAUGUACAUAUAGAUAUAUGAAAGCCGUAGAUAUGUCCUGAUAGACACCUUAUAUCGUUAAUAGUACUCUGGUCUGUAUGUAGGCCGGAUUUGCCCUCAAAUAUGUGUUUUUGCUUGUAUUUCCUUUUGAUUAUAUAUUGAAGCUAUGCAUUUCAUAAAAUUAAUCAAUUCAUGUUUAAAGAGAUAAACCUCAGAUGACACGUCUAUAUGUAUAUUACUGUGGUGCGAUUGCAUAGAGACUUUAAAAUGGAAAUGUUCUUUUUUUUCUAUACAAAAUAUAUUUAAGAAAGUCGGUUUGUUGUCAUUCAUUUGUGACGAGCAACAGAUUCAUCAGGGACACACAGAAGUCCAUGUUCAAAGCAAAUCUGAUCCAGACCAAGCAAGAUUUCCAUCAUGAGUAUCUUUUACUCUUCUUUUUUUGGUGUUUUAUGUUUUAUUGUGAGAUUACAUAUUAUGUGACGAGACUGCAAACAAUACAACUCUCAUUUAAAGUUGCAUAACAUUUAUUAUUUAUGAUCCAAAUCCCUUUGUAGAAUCAUUUGGUGUUAUUAGACAUUACAAAUGUCUUAAAUUAAAGAUGUCUGUCAUAAGAGGCCUUGCCUUUAACUCAUCAUAAUGUUGCAUUAGUCUGAAGGCAUAUGACCAAGAUAAGAGAUGAAGGAUUGGUUAUGAUCUCCAGUAAACAAUGUGUAACAAACAAGUGUGUGAUCAUAUGAUUCAUUCACAUGAUUUCAGUGCUAAAUCUAAGGUCACAUGC